AAUGCUUGCCCUGUUUGGCUUUUUCCGUGUGACUCUACCGUCGCAUCAGCUGAUAUGCAGUCUGGUGAUUAUGCUGUCCUUUGAGAUUGCUUACACUUUCAUUUCGUAAGAGAGACGACGGAGUCAGUGUUGAAAUAAUAAAGUUUGCCGGGGAAUCUAACUAACUGCACACGCCGACGAGAUUUCCGUUAUGAGUAACUCAGACAGUGAAGAAGAGUUUUGCAAUGAGAGGACAGCACUGAUGUCUGCAGAGGCCUCUCCUACAACUUCCUAUGUAGACAACAUGGAAGCACAAGAAUCAACAGGAACACAGACAAACAGACACCAACAUUCCGAUGGAAUACCAAUCCCAAAUGAUGCAACAGAUAAUGGAAUACUUGGAACAGGGCCAGAAGUUAGAGAUUCCACUGUUGAUGAUGACGAUGAAGAACUUACCCUUAAAUAUGGAGCAAAGCAUGUCAUCAUGUUAUUUGUGCCAGUAACUCUCUGCAUGAUGGUAGUGGUUGCCACAAUAAAAUCUGUCAGCUUCUACACACAAAAGAAUGGACAGUUAAUUUAUACCCCAUUCACUGAAGACACAAAUUCAGUUGGUGAACGCCUUCUGAAUUCCAUUUUGAAUACACUCAUCAUGAUCAGUGUCAUUGUUGUGAUGACAGUAAUUCUUGUUAUGCUAUACAAGUACCGCUGCUACAAGUUCAUUAAUGGCUGGCUGAUUCUGUCUUCUUUGAUGCUGCUGUUCCUUUUCACCUAUAUUUAUCUUGGUGAAGUUUUCAAGACAUAUAAUGUGGCAAUGGACUACCCAACACUGUUUUUUGUUAUCUGGAACUUUGGAGCAGUGGGGAUGAUUUGCAUUCACUGGAAGGGUCCCUUGCAGCUUCAGCAGGCCUAUCUCAUCAUGAUCAGUGCAUUAAUGGCUUUAGUCUUCAUCAAGUACCUCCCAGAGUGGUCAGCAUGGGUCAUUUUGGGAGCAAUAUCUAUAUACGAAUUUAAUAUUUUUAUAAUGAAUUUCAGUGCUUUUGCUCAUGUCCUUAUUUGGUUAUUUCAUUGCGUAAAUGUGUUGCUAAAUGUAGCUUCUUAA